UUAUAAUAAGAUCUAUCAUUUAUUAUUGCUCAACUUUACUAGUUCGAUAAACUUUGAUCUACUAUUUUGCUCUAAAAGUUAAACCGACUUUUUGAAAAUGGAUAAGUUUCGGAUUAUGGUCCAGUUUUUGCAAGCCAACCAAGAGUCGUUCAUGAAUGGCAUCUGUGGGAUCAUGGCUCUGGCAAGUGCUCAGAUGUAUUCCUCUUUUGAGUUCACCUGUCCUUGUCUUCCAGACUACAAUUAUGCGUAUGGAAUCGGUAUUCUAAUUGUUCCGCCAAUAUGGUUCUUUUUACUUGGAUAUGUACUCAACAACAAUAUAUCAGUGUUAACUGAAGAAUGGAAGAGACCGGUUGGUAAACGCAGGAAGGAUCCGGCGGUUUUGCGCUACAUGUUCAGCUCCAUGACGCAGCGCGCUCUCAUCGCUCCGGUAGUGUGGGUCGCCGUGACUUUAAUGGAUGGCAAGAGCUUUCUUUGUGCUUUCAGCGCCACCGCUGAUUUAUCCGAGUUCCUCAACGAGAGCUAUCCAAUCUUAUCCAAAAAGGAGCUUGUGAAAUUUCAAGCAAGGAUUCCAUGCGAAGACGUAUUUGAUGGACAUGAAAUUAUUUCCAUAGAUGCGGCCACUAGGUAUAUUCGCUGUUUUUCACAGGCCUGUGGAUGGAGCUUUUUAAUGGUAAUAACUAUAGUAGCCUUCUUGAUAAGGGCGAUAAGGCCUUGUUUUACCCAAGCCGCUUUUCUUAAAACCAAAUAUUGGUCGCAUUACAUUGAUACAGAGCGCAAACUAUUUGACGAAACGUGUAAAGAGCACGCCAAGGGCUUCGCUAAGGUCUGCAUACAGCAAUACUUCGAGAGCGUCAGUGGGGAAAUCGUUCCACAAUCCCAGUUACCCACAAAGAAAGGGAAAGGUAAAAAAGACGAUGAUGAUGGGGAAAAACAGAAGAGUGACGAGGAGAAGCUUCUUGGGAUCCGUAAAGAAGAAGAUAUGAAUAAAGUCCUUUGGAACUGGCAUCUUUGUAAACCCGCACUGAUGCUGACCAAGCGCCCUGAAGAUAUGAAUGGACAUGCGCACUUGGAUACACUCAGCCUCUCAAAAGAGUGCAACCAUCACACACCUGUGAAAACGACAGCUGUGGCUUACUACUCCAAAGUCUGACUUCGCCUGAAUCGAAUGAAGUGGUAUUGCAGUAAUCACUGUUAAGAUCUCGUUUCUAUUUAUUGCAUGCCCUUUCUUAUUGUAUAUCCGCCUGGGACUCAUAAGUCGCUAAUCAUAAGUUGUUUGUUAGGCCUACCAUGAAUACAUAAUAGGAUAUAAUGGGCUUUUAUGUGAUAAAAGCAACACGCAGGUGUGACAAUGACAAUAAUAAUAGCUAUGACGACGAUGUUAAUAAUGAAUGCCACUCUUUUUUUCUAUGUAACAAAUUAAGCUUUACUAAAAUUAAGGUAGGCUAUAGCUAAAUUUAAAUUAAGGAGGGGGCUGUUAAUGUCAUCAGUCAUAUCAAGGACAUAUCAGCAUGUGUUAACAUCACUCCGGAGGUAUUUUUUCAC